CUGCUGAGCCGUGACCCCAAGCAGAAAGAGCACACUUCGAACGGAACUCUGGCUACGAGUUGUAUUGCUUUGGCUGCAAUGUCCUUUUCGUUACCCUUCAUCUAUGCAAGGAACCUCAACAAAACAUUUUAGGGACUUCUGCAAUACGGGAGGAUGCUUGAAAUCAUGAUCAGAAGCAAAGACAAAACAAGUUUCUUGUUCUGGACCAUAUUGCUGCUGCUCUUUGUCAAGGUUUUUGGUGACUGUGAUCCGAAACAUUGUGAAAGUUGUGUACCAGAGUUUCCACUUGGGAUGUUUGUGACCUGCACCAACAAGAACCUAACUACGCUCCCCGAUUUACCCAUCAACGUGUACGAGCUCCGACUCAGUCACAACAAGAUUCCUGCACUGAAAGCUGGAAUGUUCGCUAAAGUUGACACCAAGAAGAUGACGUUCCUUUAUUUUGACCACAACUUAAUCAUUGAAAUCCAAACGGACGCCUUUAAAAAGCUCGCCAAACUGCAAUACCUGGACUUGUCUUACAACACACAGCUGAGCAGCCUGAACGUUUCAACCUUUUCCUGGCUGUUAGGUCUGCAGCACCUGAACCUUGAAGUCACGGGUUUAGUCCGUGUAGAUCCAGGUGUUUUCCUGAAGCUCUCCGCACUGGAAUGGUUACAGCUCUCUGGGAAUCGACUCAAACAUUUAUCAUCCAAGCUGUUUGGGGACGUAAGCAACCUCCAGAAUUUGAACCUUUCGGCAAAUGGUCUGCAGACAAUUGAGACCGACCUACUCCACGAUCUGAACCAUUUGGUGAAUUUAAGUCUAGCGGACAAUUCUAUUGCCACCAUCCAGAAUUACGCCUUCCAGAAUUUGCCACUACUCAAACUUCUGGAAUUAAACAACAACAGUUUGAUUCAGAUGGACAUCAGACUGCUGAAUCCACUGGUACAUCUGACUUUCCUGAGGUUGGAAGGGAAUCCUUGGGACUGCACAUGUACAGCGGCCGACCUGUAUAGUUGGCUCCAGGGUUUUGCCGGGAACGUGUCCGGGCCGCUUUGUUCUAUUCCGGAUUUUCUCGUUGACCAGGGUGCACUGGGAGACAUCGCUUCCAAGUGUUAUGACCGUUGCCCCAAGUUUCCUCCUGGGAAGACGUGCUUUUUGCCUCCUCCAACUGGUCUGACUCCAGUCGACAUAAACAACCUCAUCCUGGACUUCAGACACAUGGUUCAGGCAUGCAUAGGGAUCGGUGCCAUUUCCCUUAUAGUUGUGUGUGUGUUGCUGGCACAUAGUGUAUUCACUCGAGUUUGGAAUCCAAGAAGCCUUUUAAGCGGAGAACACGAUUUUGAGUGAAUGCAGUAACUCUCUACCACAGUUCCAGGGUUACAUGAUACAAUUCACAUCAUGGCUCUCAUCAGAGCUCAAUUUGACUUUAUUAACAGGGUCUAUUCAGAUGAGAUGUCUAACCCAGUUUCCAUCUGACUCUCCUGGUAGUGUCACCCACAAAAUACUCUAUAUUUUACUUUUAUUAUUAUUUACAGUAUAUUCUGUGAAGUGUUUUGAGAUAACCUGAUAAGAUGCUAUAUCAAAUGCAAGGAAUAUUGUUAGUUUCAGGCGGGGGGGGGUUCUUUGAUAAAUAUUCCUCCCUCAUAUAAAUCCAUCAAAAAAUAUAUUUUUAUUUUAAAAAAUUCUGCCUAUGAACCUUCAUAUUGCAAUUGAUGUGUAUAGAAGUUUUGUAAUCAAUUGAGGAAUGUGUGAAAACAUUUAAAAUGAAUGUUCACUGGUCCUUUUUGAAUUUGUAUUCUGUGAUUUCUUUUGCGGUGGCUUGGAAUCAGAAAAAAUGUUAAGGCAGAUGGUGUUUUAUAAAGUCAAUGAGAAAAGUACAUCAUCUGCAAGAUAGGGCCAGACAGAGCAGAGCGCCAAAUGCCAGUGGGAAGGAAGUACACUUCAUAGUUGCUGAACACAUCACACAAUGAAACAGGAAACGCACGUUUGUUA